GUGAGAAGCCCCACAAGUGUAGCCUGUGUGAUUUCAGGUGCCGAGACGAGUCCUACCUGUCUAAACACAUGCUCACUCACGUAGAAGAGAAGAACUUUAUGUGUGCUGAAUGUGGAUAUGUCACMAGGUGGAAGCAUUACCUCACYGUUCAUAUGAGGAAACAUGCAGGAGACCUCAGGUAUUCCUGUGAUCAGUGCUCCUACCGCUGCCACCGUAUGGACCAGCUGAAGAGCCACAAGCUGCGGCACCAAGCCAAGUCCCUCAUGUGUGAGGUCUGCGCGUACGCCUGCAAGCGCAAAUCCGAGCUGCGCAAGCACAUGCUGACCAAACACGGCGAGGAGGAGGAGGAGGAGAGGCCGGCUGCGUUUCAGUGCAGCUACUGCGCGUACACCACCAGCUACAGACAAGCCCUGCAGAACCACGAGAACUGCAAACACACCAAGCUGAAGGAGUUCGGCUGCGCGCUCUGCGACUACUCCUCCUUCAGCGGGAUCAGCCUGUUCCUCCACAAGAGGAAGGUGCACGGAUACGUUCCCGGUGACAAAGCCUGGCUGGAGGACUAUAAAGUGAAGGAAAAGGAGAGGAACGCUGCGGAGUUUGUGCAGGAUUUUUACGUGAAACCGCCAGUGGACGGCGUGCAGACGCAACAGUCCACAGCAGCGCCGGACGAUCGCGGCGCCAACGCAGGAACUGCUGCCGCUUCACGAGCAGUCCGUCCAGUUUCUGAUGUUUCUCAGGAAGUUGUUUUAGACAGAUCUGUCAGCAGUCCUGAGCAGUACUGCACCCUCGUGUUAACCACACUAACUACAGACGACCAAACCAAACCUUCACAGAACGAAGAUAAAAGCUGCUUAAACAGUUACAGGUCUGGUUCUUCUACUCCUGCAGGCUCGUUGGAGGGAGAUGAACCUUCGAUUAGCCCGAGUCAACCUGCCGGACCCCGAGAUGAUUCACCGACAAUCAGCUCUGCUUUCCCUCCUUCACCGCCUGAGCCCGGUCUGAAAGCUUYGAAGAAACACGACCAGGACCAGGCGGACUGCAUGGUGUUAGAGGGCCGGGUUCAGAUGCUGGCGGUGCCGUCAGAGRCCGUUUAUCGCUGUGACAAAUGCUCCUACGUGACGUGUCGGGAGGCGGCUCUGAAUUCCCACCGCAGAGCUGCGUGUCGGGGCAGGACGGGACACGAGUGCCAGGCGUGUGGCGCUCGCUUCAAACAGAGGCGGGGGCUCGAGUGCCACCUUAAAAAGAAGUGCCCGACGCUUCCACGUGACGCCAGGACGACGGUGGGCACUUCAAAGACUCCCCCAGCCUCAGCUGUAGAGUCAGAACCGGAGGGAGGAGCAAGUUCACAUCAACACCCUGACUGUAACAUUCAGACGGAUACGACUACAGCAUCAAGUGUUUCACUGCAGAGGAGUCCUCUUUAUGUUAAAGAUGAUGGCAGCUUUCCAUCAGUCCAGGAGCAAACAGUCCAACAACACGUCCGGUCCUGUACAGGAACCUCCAACAAMAGAAGAAACCACGAAAGGCUGGUCUGUUGUCCUAACUGUGCUUUUAAAUGCACUCAGAAAAGAGCKUUAGACAAUCACAAGAAGAAAGGCUGCAUGAAACCAACCGARGUCCAGUGCACGUCGUGCUCAUUCAUAGCCAAAUCCAGCCUUUCUUUGUCUCGCCACGAGCUUCGUUAUCACGAGAAGUUAUCCUCGGAACGCCCAGACGCUCGGCCUCACCGCUGCAGCUACUGCCCCUUCAGCUGCGCGCGGCGCCACCGCCUGCAGGAGCACGAGUCCCUGCACACGGGGUCGGGUCGUCUCGGCUGCGACGCGUGCAGCAGGACGUUCGGCACGGCCGGCAAACUGCGUCAGCAUAAGCUGCGCGUGCACGACAAGCAGCCCGCCCACCCGUGCCCUCUGUGCGACUUCGGGGGCUUCACCGCGGACGACGUUCGCCGGCACCGCCGCAGGUGUCACGCCGGGGCGCUGACGCACGUCUGCACUCGCUGCCAUGCUUGCUUUAAUUCCGAGGUGGCUUUAAGGAACCACUGCAGACGCGCGCAYCUGCUUCAAACCUGCUUUCCGUGCAAGAAGUGUGACUUCACRUGCAGCAGCGACGUGACGCUGCGGCACCACCAGCUGAGCAGACAUCCUGAGGCCAAAUGCUCCACCUGCCAGGAAACCUUUGAGAACAAGCGAAGCCUCGAGGUCCAUCAGAGAACCCACCUGGCGCAUCGUUGCCAGCUCUGCGACUUUGCAACGAAAACGAAGCGGCUGCUGGCGCAGCACCUGCUGAGUCAGCACGAGGGCGGAGCCUCGGAGGACAAACCUCUGAGCUGCAGCACGUGUCCGUUCGUUUGUCGGCAUCAGCUGGUGCUGGAGCAGCACCUCCGCUCGCACGGGAGCAAACGCUUCUACAAGUGCACGGACUGCGAGUACGCAACACGAAACAAGCAGAAGAUCACCUGGCACGUCCGCAUUCACACCGGAGAGAAACCGUACGGCUGCGAGCAGUGCAGCUACACCUGCUCAGACCCGUCCAGGCUGAAGCUUCACCUGAGAGUUCACCAAGAAGAGAAGAAGUAUCUGUGUCCAGAGUGCGGCUACAAAUGCAAGUGGGCGACUCAGCUGAAGUACCACAUGACCAAACACACAGGAGAGAAACCAUACGCCUGUGACCAGUGUGACUAUCGCGCUAACCGAGCCGACGCCCUCCGCGUGCACCGGGACACGCAGCACUGCGACGCGCGCCCUUUCGUCUGCGAGAAAUGCGGCAAGACCUUCAAAACGAGUUUCACGCUGAAGACCCACCAGCAGAAGCACGAGGACGGGCGGCGCUACGCCUGCGGGCUGUGCCAGAAAUCCUUCCGCUGGCCGGCGGGGCUCCGGCACCACUACCUGUCCCACACCAAGCAGCAGCCUUUCUGCUGCCGCCACUGCUCCUACAGAGCCAAGCAGAAGUUCCAGGUGGUGAAGCACCUGCGCAGGCACCAUCCGGAGGUGGCGGUGGAGCAGGGGGUGCUGAGAGACUCUGAAGGUGGGAGCCUCACUUUAAAGGAGGCUCUGCGGGGAAGUCUCGAUAAGACGGCAGUUCUGACAGACGUUGCUGAAGAAGUUGUUACAAAAAUGCAAAAUGCCUGAAAGACUAUAGAGAUGUAUUCAUUUAUACUUUUAUUGCCUGUUAGAAUAAAAGUACUGUACACCUUAAAACAAAUAAACAAGCUGAAGUCUUGGA